GGAGUAUUUCAAACUGAGAACGAUGAAGAGGAUCCUCUUUUUUGCAGCCUUAUUAGCGUGCUACCUCCUGUUCAGCUGUGCUUUGGAAAGUGACAGGAGAAAGACCAAAGGAUUCAAAGAAAAUGAAAAGAAAGUUGCCAUCAAGGUGAGGAGGAAUCACACGACAGCGGAUGACGGGAAAACUCGGGCUUCGACUUCAAGCAAAAGUGCCAAGGGGGGAGGGAGUAAGAGAAGUGGUGCGGGGCCGAGGGCCGACUCUGGCUGCAUCAGACUGGGAGGUAUCUGCCAGCCCAGACGUUACGUCUGCCAGGGCCACUACCUAAAAGACCAGUGCUCAGGGGCCAGUACACGACAGUGCUGUAUGCCAGCUGGGGCUUGGAGCAUCCUCUGUGCUGGUCACCACAACAACCGAGUGAGGGCAUGCGAUGGGUUCGGCUGUGGAGCCUUCAACUCCAACAGAGGUGAGGACCUCCACAAGGCAGUAGAUGUGGUGUGUGAGGACUACGCCACAGUCAACGCUCCAUUUUCAGGCUCGCUGGCAGGUCCAGUGGGCCGGACAGGACCCAACGGCAUCCAAUAUGAUGGGGUCAAGCUUCUCAAUGAUGUUCACUGUGUAAAAAUCUUCAACAUCCGUCCUUACCGUUACAUCGGUCCGGUGUCCCAGGGUGAAGUCUUGGGCUACCUGCUGCCCCUUCAGGAGCGCUUCUCUGGCAUCACCUCACACAUGGAGCUGCAAAUGUGUGAUGGCUCUGACCCUUCACCUUUCAUAUGAACUAUGACUUCUGACACUACGUGCAAGCCUGCCUGUGACUCUGCAGCUUUAGCAUGAUAUCUUCAACCGUUAGCUUUUGGAACGAGCAUCACAUCACUUUUUAUGUUACAGGUGUGGCAUUUCAAAUAUUACGUCUCCUGUAAGCCUUAACCUUUCAUAUGAUGGAUACAACCUUUCAUAUUUUUUCAAUGUGGCAUAGAUUCCUUGAAUUUUAACGAGACAGUCUUUACUCUUGGUCUGCCCCAUUGCCUACAACCCUUUAACACAACCCCUCCAGCUCUUCCCAUUCAUUGUGACAUACAAGGCAUAAAAUUUUUAUAUUACAACUCCAGCUAUUCACAAUCGGUCCUCUAAUUUGAAACCUUUUUUACUUGAUAGCCCUUUGUAACACUUCCAAAAUUAUGUUUAGUUCCAUAAUUAUGAUUCACCCAAGCUCUCAAGGCUCAUCUUUUGUGUAACCUACAAUAAAAUAAAAUGUAUUAAAAAAAACACAUUACUACUGUUACUUUUGUUUAGUUAAUAGCUUUUUGCAGGGCCUUUAAACAUCAUUCAGUCAGCCAUUAUUAAGGGUCCAAGCAGCAAAGCUGCUGCAACCUUAUUGUAUCUGUUAGGAUUAUUAUUAUUAUUAUUAUUAUUAUUAUUAUUGUUCUGCCUUGAAUGUAUCCGGGUCUCAGAACCCAUAACAGCUACAGCUCUCAAACUUGCCAGAGAGGUUGGAAAUCUCACCCGCUACUCAGACAAAAGAGAUUAUACCAAUUGAGCAGAUGGUGGCGGUGUAAAUUCAAACUUUACGUUUUGGCCUAUAACUUUUGAAAAUUUAUUUUUUCCAGGAUUCUGUGGGAACAGACGACUCUAAAGAUAGAAGCCACACCCAUCUGAGCCUGGAAAGAUUUUCCGCCAUUUUGAAUUUUGUCCAAAUCUUUUUUUCUUUUUCUUUUUUCUUUUUUUUUGCUACUCGUACAAAUUUUGAGCAAUUGUCACCAAAUUUGCUACAGAGCAUCUCUGGACCAAGCCAGAACAUGUUUUUUCUUUUUUUCUUUUUGAUAUUCCAUACGGUUUUGAAUAUACAAGCCAAUCGAUUUAUUAUCAAAAUAGCUUAGUUUCCAAAAUUUGCAAUAACUAAUGAACACAUUUAGGUAUAAACCUGAAAUUUGAGACAAAUGUUCAGGAGUUUUCACCAAGCUUACGUAUUAAAGCAUAUUGUGCUAUGUGUUUGCACUCUGUCCACUGCCACUUGUGGCUAUACUUAUAGUUGUGACUCACGUCACAUUGAACCCCUGACAUUUCAUAUGACCCAAUGGCUUCUUGGUCUUUUUUUGAUUAACUUUUUUUUUUCAUUUCUAUUGAGCAUUACUAUUAUUUUGUUGAAAACACAUGCGUUGCUGUGUUUUGCAUCAGCAUUUUUACAGGUUUAGCCUUACGCGCUCUUGUGGCU